GGACAACAAAAAGAUUCAAAAUCCUCUAUAUAAUAUUAACCAAUUUCAAGAUUCAUUAGCUCACUAAAAUGGGUACCUCAAAUUUCAUCCUCACUCUUCUUCUUUUGAUCAUCUAUGUUUCAUCUUUAUCAUCAUCAUCGCCGAUUUCUUUAUCGUCUACUCUCCCACCCGAGUUCUCGAUACUUCACGGUCAAGAAAACGAUGUUUUAUCGACUGAAAGAGUCUCCGAAUUGUUUGUGAAAUGGAAAGAAGUGCACGGAAAAGUAUAUGAUCAUCAAGAGGAGGAGGAGCGUAGGCUCGGGAACUUCCGCAACAGCUUGAAGUUUAUAUUGGAGAGAAACUCAAAGAGGAAGUCGGAGUGGGAUCAUACAGUAGGAUUGACCAAGUUUGCUGAUUUGAGCAACGAAGAGUUUAAAGAAAUGUACUUUUCGAAAAGUAAGGGGCCUAAAAGUGAAAAGUUAAAAGUAUGGGGUGAAAAGGGAAACACGACUUUAAAUUCGGGGUCUUGUGAUGCGCCCGCAUCUUUGGAUUGGAGGGACAAAGGGGUAGUUACACCAAUGAAGGACCAAGGCCAGUGUGGAAGUUGUUGGGCAUUCUCUGUGACCGGAUCCAUUGAAGGCGCCCAUGCAAUAGCCACAGGCGAUCUCAUCAGCCUCUCCGAGCAAGAGCUUGUUAGCUGCGACACAAACGAUUAUGGGUGCGAUGGUGGAAACAUGGACACUGCUUAUAGGUGGAUCAUCAAGAACGGUGGCCUUAAUUCUGAAGAAGCUUAUCCUUAUACCAGUUCUAAUGGUCGCGAUGGUAAAUGCGACAAAGAAAAGUCACAAAUAUCGGUUGUAUCCAUUAGUAGCUAUGUGGAAGUAGAAUCAAAUGAAGAUGCAGUCCUUUGUGCUGUAGCAAAACAACCUGUUACUAUUGGUAUUUGUGGUUCAGCUUAUGACUUUCAACUCUACACUGGGGGUAUAUACAAUGGACAAUGCUCAAGUAGUGCAUACAGCCUAGACCAUGCAGUGCUAAUUGUUGGUUAUGGUACUCAAGAUGGUGAGGACUACUGGAUAGUCAAGAACCAGUGGGGCACCUAUUGGGGACUCGAAGGCUACGUAUUGAUGAAACGAGGUUCGGAUGUUAAUAAAAACGGGGUUUGUGGGAUGUAUCUUGAAGCAAUGUACCCUAUCCCAGCCGAACCUUCACCGCCUUCUCCACCAGCACCACCCUCCCCACCACAUCCACCACCGCCCCCGCCUGCACCCACACCUGACAAGUGUGGAAACUUCCAUUAUUGCGCGGCAGACCAGACGUGUUGUUGCAUCUUGGAGUUCUAUAACUAUUGCUUCAUGUAUGGUUGUUGCGGUUACACCAAUGCAGUGUGUUGCAAGGGAUCAUCUUAUUGUUGCCCUAGCGAUUACCCCGUUUGCGAUAUUCAAGCUGGAUAUUGCUUCAAGAAAUCUGGAGGUACUUUUGGAGUGGCUGCAAAGAAGAGACAGAUGGCUAAACAUAAGAUGCCAUGGGAGAAGGUGGAAGAAACCGUGAUGGAAGAGUACCAGCCUAUGGUGUGGAAGAGGAAGUGAUCAGAAUUGAAGGGAUGUUUUUAUCAGAUCCCUUGAUUAUCAUAGGGGUUGUGUAUUAUUAUUAUAUUAUAAUUAUUAUGUAUGGUUUUAGAAACAUAAUUUAAAUCAUAUUACAUAAAUGUGUCUUGAUAAAUGGUUGAUAUUAUGAUGUUUAGCCACGAUUGUUGAACUUCAAACUUAUUUAUCAGAUCGACGUGUUUUUUCAAGAUAA